GGCAUGUGUUGUGUCUUGUUAGGUUUCUCAGGAGCUUGUCAUAAAGCCUGUCAAAGCUAAUAGUUUCUCCUUCUAUAAAAUGAAACAAGGCAAUGGUAUUUUCCAUCAUUUAUUUCUGUCACAGAAUCACAGAGAGCUCUACAUCAGAACUUACAAAUCUGUUCUCUUUCUUUCUCCUUCUUACUUUUUGGAUUAAAUAUAUUUUAGAAAAUGAUAAUGAACACAAAGAAGCUAAUGAAGAUGGUCAAGAAAUGGCAACAAAGAGCAGCCCUCCAUAGGAAAAGGAUCUCAUUUCAGAGGUCGAGUUCUAGUGGUAGCAGCUCAACGUCAGUAGAUAAGGGUUGCUUUGUGGUUUAUACGGCGGACAAAGCCCGCUUUACUUUUCCAAUAAGUUACCUGAGCAACUCUGUUUUCCAAGAACUCUUGAAAAUCUCUGAAGAAGAGUUCGGCCUCCCCACCGAAGGACAAAUUACAUUGCCAUUCGAUUCUGUUUUCUUGGAGUAUCUUAUCAAAUUGGUCCAGCGACGAAUGGAUGAAAAUACAGAAAAGGCUUUGUUAAUGUCAAUCUCUAGUGGUAGAUGUUCUUCGCAAUGCUCUUUGCAACUACAAGAUCAAAGUAGUUGUCAACAUUUGCUUGUAUUUUAGAGUGUAGCAGUUUCUGUAUUAGAUAGACACAGAAAUACAAAUUAUUAUCUUCAUCUCUUCUCAUCAAAGUCAACUUCUAUUGCAAAACAACUUUAAUGUCACUUGUGUUCAUGCUUUCA